GAGUCCUCAGAAUCUGAGAAACUCAGCUCUGAGCCGGAGUCCACCCUCCACCACUGACACAAUGACCCACUCGUGCUGCUCCCCGUGCUGUCAGCCCACCUGCUGCAGGACCACUUGCUGUGAGUCCAGCUGCUGCAAGCCCUGCUGCUCCCCAACUUGCUGUCAAACCACCUGCUGCAGGACCACCUGCUGCAGACCUACCUGUGUGACCACCUGCUGCCAGCCCAGCUGUUGCAGCAAACCCUGCUGUCAGCCCACCUGCUGUGAGUCCAUCUGCUGCCAGCCCUCCUGCCCCCCAACUUGCUAUCAAACUAGUGAAACCACCUGCUGUAGGACCACCUGCCGCAAGCCUACUUGUGUGACCACCUGCUGUCAGCCCACCUGCUGUGGGUCCAGCAGCUGUGGACAAACCUUCAGUGGGUCCAGCUGCGGCCAGUCUUGCUGUCAGCCAGCUUGCUGUGCACCUGUGUACUGCCACAGAAUCUGCUACCACCCCACAUGCUGCUGCCUGCCUGGGUGCCGAGACCAGAGCUGUGGAUCCAGCUGCUGCCAGCCUUGCAGCCGCCCUGUGUGCUGUCAGACCACCUGCUGUAGGACCACCUGCUGCCGCCCCAGCUGUGUGUCCAGCUGCUGCCCUUCCUCCUGCUGAUCCUCCCGUCAUGGAAUCAUGUGAGACACAUCAAUCUUCUGACAGCUAACCUAUGAGUUCUCCAGUUACUGCCACAAGCUCCACUGCCAGGCUUCACCAGCAUCCAGCGGGCAGCCACCAUCUUUCUAUGAGUCAUAUUCCUGAUUAAGAGGCUCGUAGCAUGCAGCUGACUUUAGUCUGCCUUUCUCCAUCUUCCUUUUCUAUUAAACUCUGUGAUACCUACAA